AGUAUUCACGGAUUUAGAUAUCUCGCUGAAAGUAGAAGACCAGUUUCAAAUUUGGUGGCUACUAAUUCUUUGUGGAUGUAUCUACUUAUGUGGAACUUUGAUAAUGCUAACUUUGAAGAAACGGGACGAGAAUCCAGUUUUUACAAGUUUUAGCCACACUCCAAUGUAUCUAUCGGACGUCCCGUUUCCCGCUGUUACCAUAUGUUCAGAAAUAAAAAUUAAACAAAGCGAGUACAACGUAACUGAUUACUUUGGGAGAUUUUUGAUGAAGAAUUUAACGGAUGAAGAAAAACAACGUGUAUUGGAUGUGCUUUUAUUUUGCAAUCGCGGACUUGCACCUAUAGAAGGAUCCAAAGAUGUGGCUGUAACGAACCACACUGUAGAUUUAAAAACACUUGAUGUUAUCUUUGGGCACGCCCCCUUACUUAAAAAUGUUGUAGAGUAUACUGAUCCACAACUAUAUUUCAAUCACUUUUCACCAACCCUCACCAACUUCGGUAUUUGUUAUUCGUUCAAUAUGUUAGACAAAAGUGAACUUUUCACUGAGACCACGUAUAUACAUAAAAACCAUUUGGUGCAUCCCAAAAUUUAUCAUUGGAAUAUUGACAAAAACUACGACGAAAUACACAAUAGUGCUUUUCCACCAAGAGCGUCAGAAUUUGCAGAGUUUAGUUUAGGCCUUGGGACAGACACAUCUGAAGAAACCCGGAUAUGUAAUCCCUUUUCAGGAUACAAACUUAUUUUACAUCAUCCGGCUGAGUUUCCAACGUUAACAACCAGAUAUAUUCCUUUGUCUUUAGACACAAUAUAUAACAUUUGGAUCAAGCCUGAAGUGACAAUAACGUCUGAAAAUUUAGAAAAUUACGAAUAUCACAAAAGGAACUGUUUUUACUCUCCCGAAAGACGGUUGAAGUUUUUUAAAGUAUAUACCAAGCACAACUGUAAAAUCGAAUGUGUGGCUAAUAAUACUUUAGCACUGUGCAAUUGCAUUCCCUAUUAUUUACCACAUGAAGAAUCUACAAAAAUAUGUGGAUGGGGGCAACUAAAAUGCGUGUCCAAUGCUAAAGAGCAAAUCCUCAGAAACUCUAGAUCUAUAAACAGCAGGAAAAUGUUAAAACAAUGUAACUGCCUUCCUCUAUGUACUUCUAUAACCUACAGCGCAGAAGCCCAUCAAGUUAAAUACCCCGAAAAUCCUUACAUGGCUAAACCGACAGAUGUAUAUUUAUCGUUCCAAGAUGAAGAACUGCAAGUAAUGGAAAGACAGGAAUUGUUCAGCAAUUCGGACUUUUGGGCCAGCUGUGGAGGGAUCUUAGGGUUGUUCGCAGGGUUUUCGGUGAUAUCUUUGGCUGAAAUUAUCUAUUUUGUGACAAUAAGAUGGUUGGGUGAUUUAUGGCCUUUUGGAAACGGCAGAUGUAACGACAAAAGAUUUUUGUUCUUUUAAUUUUGUUGUAUCAAAUAAAUUUAAUACUGACGCCUUAAUUAUUUAAUCUACACAUUAUUUAAAAUGCACGGGUGUUCAUUGCUGUAAGCUUUUAACAAAUUAGGAAAUAUGUCCCCGGGCAAUAGGAGCAGCUUUAAUUCAAUUAAUCCCGGUUUCAGUUGGAUUUAUCCACAAGAAUUCUGUUAGUCAUAAAAUAAUGGAUUCAAAAAAUGAAGUUGAUAAUCGUAAAAAUAAAACUAGAAAAGUUUUAGCAUAUCUUGCGGAGUUUUGCAAUAACACAAGUGUUCAUGGAUUUAGAUUUCUCGCCGAAAGUAGAAGACCGGUUUCAGAAAAAAUAUGGUGAUUAUUGAUUCUCUGUGGUUGUUUCUAUGUUUGUGGAAACUUGUUAAUAUUAACUUUAAAGAAACGUGACGAAAAUCCAGUUUUUACAAGUCUCAGUCAAAACCCUAUGUAUUUAUGGGAUGUC